CCUGGAGGCUGUCCUUACACCGCUCUUCUCACGCCGCCGUGCCUUUUGCUGCAUCUGGAGGCGCUCACUGGAUAAUCUCCAACAGCGGAGCGGGCCUUCAGCUACCAUCCCAGGCUCGCCUCAAUAAGAAGCUCUGAGCACUGUAGAUCUCUUCCCCUUUCUUCUGAGUCUUCUCUUCCAACCCCCGGGAAGCAUGUACCCAGCACCCCGCCGAGCCCAACCCCUUUGAUUCCCGGACCUCUCAAAGCUAUGCAGGCUGCAAGGCAUUAGACAUUUCGGAUCUCACCAGCUGCUGUGGGGCAAAGCUCUUCAAGACCUGAAGUGCACAUUGAGCACCAGAGGCCCUAUGACCCUGGGCAGGCCAGGGGAGGGGGCCACCAUGCUUCGGACAUUCACUCUCUUGCUCUUUUGCAUUUGGCUGAGUCUGGGUAUGACGUCAAUAGCAAUGCAGUCUCAGCCGGAGCUGUGGAUAGAGACCAGCUACCCCCAGGCUCCUUGGGAGAACAUCACACUUUGGUGCAAAAGCCCCACUCGGAUUUCAAGCAAGUUCCUGCUGCUGAAGGAUAAGACACAGAUGACCUGGAUCCGCCCUUCCUACAAGACCUUCCAAGUUUCAUUCCCCAUAGGUGCCCUUACUAAGUCCAAUGCAGGCCUUUACAGGUGCUGCUACUGGAAGGAGACAGGCUGGUCAAAGCCCAGUAAAGUUUUAGAGUUGGAGGCACCAGGCCAGCUGCCCAAGCCCAUCUUCUGGAUCCAAGCUGAGACUUCCCCUCUUCCUGGAUGUAAUGUUAACAUACUCUGCCAUGGCUGGCUGCAGGAUUUGGUAUUCAUGCUGUUCAAAGAGGGAUAUGCAGAGCCCGUGGAUUACCAAAUCCCAACUGGGACAGUGGCCAUAUUCUCUAUUGCCAACAUGACACCUGAGAGUGAAGGGGUUUACAUCUGCCGCACUCAUAUCCAGAUGCUCCCCACCCUGUGGUCAGAGCCCAGCAACCCGCUGAAGCUGAUUGUGGCAGGUGGGUGUGGCUAUGGCUGCUGGGGUCUGAUGAUCGUUGUCCCUGGGAUCAUGGUUGGAUAAAUAGGGUUUCUGAUUUUACUUCCCUCUCCCAUUUCCAAGGCCCUGCAAGGCUCAUGAGCUACAGUCAUUUGCCAUUUUACUGAGAUGCAAAUUAAAAUCACACAUGCUAGGAGGCAGAUGUGUGGGAGCCAAUCACUUGGCUAGUGAGUGAGCCCAAUGUUCAGCAGCUGCAGUGCAUCAUAGCUUUGUUGUUCUCUACUGUUGACUAUCAUACAUUCAUUCAUUCAUUCAUUCAGCUAAUAUUUAUUGAGCACUUAAUUUGCAGUCUUAUAAACUGAUU